AUGAAUCAGGCAGAUUGGACCAGGCAGCAUUUGAAUCAGGCAGCAUUUCGCCACUCUUAUGCGCCGGGGCGCCGCUUCUCCUCCUCGCUCCGGAGUCACUCGACCGCGGGAGCGCGUGCGAUCACGUCAUCACUCCCCUCCAAUCAGUCCCAAAGAAAUGAAGUGAUUACCAACAUAACAGAGAAUGCGAAUGCAAGGGAACAGCGAGAGCUACAACUGAAACUGGCUGAAAACCAGCGAACGGCAGCGAUUUCAUCAAACGGAG